AUGCACAAUAGCAAGGCUAGUGACGAACAUGUGUGGAUGCUCAGCUCCGAGCUGGCGGAGACCGUGGAUAGCGCCGGUCGGGAUGGGGGGCCCGUCGACGGAGUUUCUGAUGCUGAAACCUCAUUAGAUCAGCAGCCCGGGACCGCAUGCGAGAUUCGAGAUUCUCGUCAAGGACCAGCCGAACCGCAGACUCGACCUGAACGAACCGCCGCGAAGGGGCCUGGAACAGAAGGACGGGGGUCUCCAGCGGCAAUCCGUUUGUCCAAUGCGCUCACGCACAAGAAGGGGAGAGUGGAGUCAGAGACAUUGCAUGGGCCAUGA